AGUUCUGCUUCUGAGCCCCUGAUGUGGUCACUCCGUCAUAUCGUGCCACGCGCAGUAUGACUGCCGCUUCCCUCACGCGUUGUGAGCGCGCCGCUGACGUCACCGUGGGAGUGUGCCAUCGGGAGAAAUUAACGGACAUCAGCACAAUUCUCUCUGAACGCUCACCAUGUGAUAAUACUACAUUUAUGAGGGGCAAGUUGACUGAAGUGUCAAGAGGACAGCUUACCCAGCACUGAGGGUUGUUGUCUAUGUGCCGUUUUGGAUUUCCACUUAGAUUUAUCCACAGUAUCGUAUUUCUGUGUUGAGAAGAAGAGCAGGAUGACUGGAACUGAAGCCAACCCUGACCUGUGAGCCAGUGGAGGCCAGGCUGGACUAAUGACGAGCAUGACUUUGCGCCAAACCACAGAUGCAUGUAUGCUCUCAGAGUCCACCUGACUGCUGCCACCCUCUGCUUCCUGGCUUUUGAAACUGCCCAUCAGAGGGCUGGUGGAGGCGGGGCAUAGCUAGACCCCACCCCUGUGCUGACCCUCUGAGUGAGACUGGCGCCUCCUGAUGGACCAGGGUGGUAGCGAGCAGCCUGGGGUGGAGGAGCCAGACUCUGGGGGUCGAGCAGAGCGGGAGGUGAGCAGGAGGGCGUCCGAGCCUGAUCACGGCCUGUCCAAAAUUACCCACAAUGCCUUGGAGAACAUGGGCGCGCUGGGCCACGGCCUGAAGCACUUCUUCCAACCUCAGCGCAGACGCUCGUCCGUCUCGCCGCACGACUACGCCUCUUCCUCCACAGGCCCCAUCCCUGAGCCCCCAGAAGCGGGGCCAGAGUUGGGGGAAGCGCCUGCCGUGACGGUCGCCGCCCCUAACUCUGACCCCCACGCUUCCGCCCCUCCUGCAGCUCUGAGCCGCGUGCUGCAGCAGAUUCGAGGCCCCCCCAUGAUGAAGAGAGGGACCAGCCUGCAGAGCCGCCGCAGCAAGGCAGGGGGGGGAGGGGAGGCCCCCCAGAAAGGCAGCCCCCAGAUCCACAGGCGCAGUACCCAGGAGACCUUGCUGCAGGCGGGACGGCCACGCUCCUCUUCCACCACCGAUACACCUAGCAGCCCGGCUUUGGCGGACAUGUUGCUGACCUCGGGGUACCACUCCACCGAGGAGGCUGAUCGGCAAGAUCGUUUGGAGGUGUUGGGUCCUGCCGUGUCUCCCAAUGCUCUGUCAACCAGUUCUGAUGGCGGUCAGUACGGUGUGGAUUCGGUGGAUGGAACGCCGGACCCUCAGCGCACCAAGCAGGCCAUCGCUCAGCUGCAGCAGAAGAUCCUCAAACUCACAGAGCAGAUCAAAAUCGAACAAACGGCAAGAGACGACAAUGUAGCCGAGUACCUGAAGCUGGCCAACAACGCAGACAAACAGCAGAGUGCUCGCAUCAAGCAAGUGUUUGAGAAGAAGAACCAGAAGUCUGCGCAGACCAUCCAGCAGCUGCAGAGGAAGCUGGAGCAUUACCACCGCAAGCUCAGAGAGGUGGAGCACAACGGGAUACCACGCCAACCCAAAGAUGUCCUGCGAGAUAUGCACCAGGGUCUGAAGGAUGUGGGAGCCAAGGUAACCGGUGGACUCUCUAGUAUCUCUCAGGCAACUCACUCGGCCGCGGGAGCAGUCGUAUCCAAACCUCGCGAGAUUGCCUCUCUCAUCCGCAACAAGUUUGGAAGUGCAGACAACAUCUCUGCCCUAAAAGACUCUCUAGAUGAACAACAAGGGGAUGAGCCUGUAACAACCACAGGGACGGCGGGCACUAGAACCCCAGGACCUGGGCAGCUGCAGUCCAGUCCAAAAUACGGCAGCGAGGACGACUGCUCCAGCGCUACGUCAGGGUCAGCCGGAGCAAAUAGCACCACGGGGGCUCCCGGAGGCCCUCCGAGCUCAAAGGGUAAUACACUGGAGCAUGGCCAGAGCUCUGGCUUUGAUGCACUGCUGCACGAAAUCCAGGAAUUGAAGGACAACCAGAGUCGACUAGAAGAAUCCUUUGAAAACCUCAAGACUCACUAUCAGCGAGACUACACAGAAAUCAUGCAGGCCCUGCAAGAGGAGAGAUACAGGUGUGAACGUCUAGAGGAGCAGUUGAAUGAUUUAACAGAACUGCAUCAAAAUGAGAUUCUCAACUUGAAGCAGGAGCUGGCCAGCAUGGAGGAGAAAAUUGCUUACCAGUCUUACGAACGAGCCAGAGACAUACAGGAGGCGCUGGAGGCCUGUCAAACGCGCAUCUCUAAAAUGGAGCUUCAGCAGCAGCAGCAACAAGUGGUUCAGUUGGAAGGUUUGGAAAACGCCACAGCACGCACUUUACUCGGCAAGCUCAUCAACGUGCUGCUGGCCGUCAUGGCGGUACUUCUAGUGUUCGUCUCGACGGUCGCAAACUGCGUAGUCCCGCUGAUGAAAACACGUAGCCGUACGCUUUCCACAUUGCUCCUCGUCAUAAUCUUGGCUUUUCUGUGGCGGAAUUGGGAAGCCAUGUCUCAGUACCUGGACCGGUUUCUGCUGCACCCCAGAUGACCUGCAGGGGCGCUGCGGAUGUCAUUUCACGAAGGGACUGGAGGGCGGGAACUUUGAUUCAAAGAUGAAGACUAACACUGCCUCAGUUGCACUUAGUAUGAAGGGACGCGAGGGACAAGAGUGGAGGACACGGACAAAGCCUACAACCUCUUUUUCUUGUUUCUUUCACCGAAGGAGUGAAUUUGUUUACAUUUUGAUCUUUUUCCGUCAACAUAAAUUGUAUUGCUGAGUUUCCUUUUAUUUGUUGUUGGAGAUGAUGCAAGUCGUGUUGUUCAUCGUUCUCGUAACUAUUGUUAGGAUAUACAUUUAUGCAAUUUCCUGAGUGUUGCAUUGCAUUGAAUGGAGUGGUUUUAACAUGCACUGGAUGGUUUUUAAUACCAUAACUGCUCUUUUCCCUCCUAACUUUAAAGGCGUUUCAUUUCUCUCACUCUCUUCUACUGUCGUCUCGCUCUUCCUCUUACGUGCAUCUCGAUUCAUUUCCUGUGCUCAUCGCUUCACUCUUCCCACUCGAAACCGUUUGCUGCUGUUUGGACUUCACUGCAGUUCUUGCUGAAUGAAGGAAAAGAUGGAUUCGUUGAAGAUGAGGCAUCUGGAGCUUGAUCGAACGGGCAGAGGAACCGGAACGCUCUGGACCCGAGUCGGCUCCUCUUCAUGCCCUCAAAGAGGCACGGUCCCCUGAUAUAUGAACAGAAUGAACAUACUUGAAGAGCUAGAAAUGCUCAAAGACUCUCAGUGCUUCCGUACUGUUUCUUAUAGCGACAAUGAAAUAGUCCUUUUUAGUUUUAUUUUUUAUUUUUUAAAAUGAAAUGAAUAAACACGCUGUUUUAAAAAUGCAAA